AUGCCGGGUGGUAUCGCAUAUAACGGAAUACCGGUGCAAAAUGGCGGGCAAAUUUUCGCCGGACUGAAGUUUUGGGUUGCCCAUCGAGUGCCCACACGCCCGACCAUUUUGGAUCAUAUUGAGAGAAACAGUGGUAUUGUCGUGCCGCUAGAAAAGGAUGCCGAUUAUCUCAUUGCGGACCACGCUCGAAAGGACGCGCCGAGCGGCGCCAUCUCUUGGAAGUUCAUCACCGAGAGUGUUGAAAAUGGGGUUGCCCAGCUCCUGGAUCGCUACAGAAUCGGACAUGCACCAGCAGGACCGCGGGAGAUCGCUUCGAAUAGACCAAUAAAGGGGGGGCGGGCCCCAUUCACCGCCGCAGAUGAUGCAGCACUCGCGAGCUUCCUGCUAGCCCAAGGCAACAGGAAUCUAACUGGCAACGAAAUUUACAAGCUAUUUGAAACCAUGCAUCCCAACCACCCCUGGCAAUCGUGGAGGAAUAGAUAUGUCAAAAAGCUUAGACUGCUGCCUAUCGAGUCCCUCCAGCAUUUGGCCGCUCAAGCGACAGACGAACCUGAGAUCCUAGCCAUCGAGGGGGCAUCGGCAGAUCAGGAACUCCCAGAUCCAAGUGACCUCAUGCUCCAGCGCAAGGGACACAAGAUCCAGCAGGAAAAUGCUCGGCACCGGGCAAACGACCGAGCCACUCGGGCUUCCGCCGCUGCCGCGGCUCAACCUGCAGUAGCAGGACCUUCACUGCAGCCGACAACGCGUGAGCAAGAAGAAAUCACCCCGGCAGAGGCCAGGGACCGGUUUCACGAGGAUCUGCAGAUGUUUUGCGAAGAAGCCGGCGUCGAGAUCGCGCCUAUGCAGCAGGUCGCCGGGGCGCCCUUGGAGCUAUGGGACCUGUUCCGGGUUGUUAUCAAAGAGCAAUUGUCCUCCGAGGGCAUCGACUGGCUGAACGUCGCCGACGUUCUCGGGUACGGGUGGCUCGACCCGUACCUCGCGGCCGAAGCCUUGGAGGAGUGCUACGAGGAUAACCUCGCCGAGUUCCUCGCCAUUGGGCAAGAUUUGCUUAGGGAUGAUGAAGAGGAGAGGAGGGAAGAAGAGAACCACAGCGAUACCGCGGCUGCCGCUGACGAGCUCGACCCUCCGCCUCCUAGCACGCCGCCCGCGCGAUUCCUACCCCCUAAGCGAGCCCUCGAUGCCGACGGCGAGCUGGACCUCCCGACCCCGGCCAAGCGGCGCCGGCUGCACAUCCCCCCAGAGAUCCCCUCGACGCCCGAUGUCAACCGCCACCAACCCACGACCGCCGGCGCCCGCGAUGAGAUGACGCCCGUGCCGCUACGCACGCAGGAGUCGGCUGUGGACAUGACGCCGUCGCAGCAGCUCCGCUCCGAGUUUUCCGAGCACGCCCAAACCAGUCCCAUCCCGCUCCGCACUAACAGCGUGGCGCGAAACCGCCAAAUCGGCGGCGCCGACGGCAGCAGUCCCUCCGGCAGCGGCACCGCCGGCGCCAAGCGGCGCACCCUUCCCGCGGGCUUCCGGCCACAGCCGCCACCACCCAUCCCCGACCACGAGUCCUCGUUCCCCCGCGCCCUGCCUCGCACGCAGCCUCCGCCGCCGCCCACCCGCCGCCGCCCCGCGCAGGCCAUCCCGCGCCGACUCAGCCGCGACCGCGAGCUCAGCGAGCUCAUCCAGCACUACGAGUCCCUCGGGUACUCGUACAAGGUUGUCGUCGAGGGCCUGCGGCGCACCAGCGUGACGCCAGGCCUCGCCACCGUGGUCAUGCAGAGCCUGCGCGACGGCCACGGGGUGCCGGCCAACCAAGAGGGCAUCUGGACGGACCGCGACGACGCCGCGCUGCGACUCGUCGUUGCCGCGGUCGGCGGCGUCAACCUGGAUGACGAGCACCACGACCAUAGCAGCAGCAAGGAGGCCGUGAAGGAGAGGCGCAAGGCGCAUCGCGCGAGGGGUCGCCUCCUGGACAAGCACGGCCAGGAGGGUGUGGCGGUGCGCAUCCAGUAUCUGCGGGCGAGCGACAGGUUGGCCGAAUGA